GUUGGGGCAGACAUCUCAACUUCGCUCGACAGACAGGUAGAUCUCAGCUCAUCUGCUACCACGGCUCAAUACUAUAGACAUAAGAUGGCCUCGACAUCUCUCGACCUGCAGUUGAAGCUCCUGCGGCUCGCCAAUGACGAUUCGACAUCGACUUUCAGCACCGCAUCCAAGCUCUCGGACGAUCUCCUCUCGGCGAGGUUCAAGGACGUCCUCUUGUCAACAUAUGCGAGGAGCCUCUUCUCUAGCUCAGAAAGAACAGGAACAGAGGAUUUGUGGAGUUCCGUCGGCUUGACUCGAUCGGACAAGGCCGUCAGUAACGAGCAGCAAUUGAGUAUCGAGGAGGAGCAGAUGUGUCGAUUGGUCAUCGCCAUCGCUUGUCUACACGCCUUUGUCCAGCUCAACUGGACGGGUCCAGCACUCGAUUUCACGACAAAAGAUCUUCUCGCUGGAUGCACAACGAAUUCGGACGAGGCCGACCUUAACAUCGCCCUGCACAAUGCCACCAUUCCUCUGCUCGCGCUUGACGGAGAGCCAGCAUAUCAUCUGGCUCAGGAGCCCACACUUCUCCUCUUUGCAUUGAGGAUCAUCGAAACCUUGCAAGCGGAGAGUUCGGAGAAUCUUGUGACGCUUCCGUGGUGGACUUUGCGAAUCGGCCUGGUCCAUCGGGCUCUUUUGGACGAACCCGUCAACUUCUCGUCCGACCUCUUUUCCUCUCUCGACACCAUACUAUCCUCUUCCAACCCCCUCUCCGCUCUGCUUACUGCCGAUGAUAAAGUAGCGCUUCACACCGAAAUUGGACUCGCCAACCAUCUUCUCGGGAUGGACAAACAGGCUUCCGAGCGUUUCUUGUCAGCUGCCAAAGAAUCUGGAUUGGAGUGGGCGUUGACGGGAGCCUUGGGGAAGAGGACCAAGUUCCAGGUCAAAGAGCUCAGUCAGCUCGUAUUGGUUGCCAAGAGCAGGACGAGGCAAGGCGAUGAGGCCGAUCAGCCGGAGGAGCACGCCGAAGCUGCCAAGGAGAAGGAGGAGGUUGCCGAAGUCAAGGAGAAUGGGAUCGAUGAAGAGGAGAGGGUACCCAAUCUCAAGCUCCCGGGCAUGCCCGAAACGUUGGCACUCAACGACGAUACCCUGCUGGAACAGACACAGUUCACCUCGUCAUCUCUCGACUACGCUGGACUCGGAGCUGAAUUGGCACCCAUCAAAGCGGCCGCUGCCUUGCCCGAAAGCCUGCGAGAGCUCAAUCCUCAAGAUCAGCCGGCCCUGCAUCCUCUCGAUCAGGCGCUGUUGAUCGACAUGUGUCUAGCUCAACACAACAAUACUCCGGAAAACGGGCUGACCGCUUCCCAGAUGGCUCCCUUCCUCGCCCGAGUCUUGACUCACCCGAAGAACUGGUCCGUACACACAACCGCCUUGCUCCUUCGGGCUCGGUUGGAAUCGAAACGAUCGAGAACGAUCGAGAGGUCGGCUUUGCAGUUGCAGGCCCUCGUCGACCAGAUGCCUACGGCGGAUUCCGAGCCUAGCGAGCGAUUGAGGUAUUUCCACCAGCUCCCUCUGGUCUCCAAGUGGGAGAUGGAGAGAGAGUUGGCGGUCAGGUUUCUGGGCAUGGGUGUCGUCAGGACCGCACUCGAGAUCUUUGAGAGACUGGAAAUGUGGGAAGAAGCCGUUAGGUGUCAUCAUAGUAUGGAGGAUACCGACAAGGCCAUCCGGGUCGUUAAAGAUCUGCUUGAGGGCAAGAAGGCCGAGCCGGAAAUCGUACAAAAGCGAGAAAAGGUGCAGCGGUCGGAAGAUGAGGCGGGGAGGAAGGAGACGAAGCGGAUCAGGAUCGAUAACACUCGGGAGGCCAAGCUUUGGUGUCUCCUGGGAGACCUCGAGCCGGACAACGCGGAGGCACAUUAUGAGAAGGCCUGGGAGGUAUCGAAGGGGACUUCGUCUCGGUCGCAACGAUCACUGGGUGGUAUUUAUCUUACCCGUGAAGAGUUCACCAAGGCGAUCCCGAGAUUCCAGGCCGCCUUGAAAAUCAACCCGUUGUACGCCCGAACCUGGUUUGCGCUCGGCUGCUGUCUGCUUCGAGAGGAACGGUUAGAGGAGGCCAGGGAAGCCUUUAGCAGGAACGUUGCCGUCGAGGAGGACGACGCAGAGGCCUGGAACAACUUGGCGGCGGUCUACUUGCGGCUGACUAGGGAAAUCGGUGUGGUCAAGGCGGACGACGGCGAGGAGCAAAGCGUGCCAUUCACGAAUAAGCAACUCGCUUUCAAAGCCUUGCAACAUGGCCUGAGACACGCUAGCGACAAUUCGAAGAUGUGGCAGAACUACAUGAUCGUGGCUGUGGAUGUCGGCCAGCUUUCAGAAGCAGCUCGUGCCUUGAGCCGAACCAUAGAGUCGAAGAACGCGCGAGACGCUGCUACUCAGGUGGACCUGGCCGUGCUGUCCAAGCUGGUCGAUGCAGUCAUUCGCGAAGAUUGGAACGGAGGCGCGGGAAAUCGAUCACCGGACCAGCCCUACACGUCGAACGAGGGGAUGGGUCUUUUGCCCAUUGUCGAGCGACUGUUCGAGGUGGUGAUACUGCCUCGAGUGGUCGAGACUUCCCGUAUCUACGCGAUUUAUGCGAAACUCUUCCGAUGGAAGGAAGACUGGGCGGGCGCUUUGGAGUGCUACAUGAAGGCGUAUCGAUCAGGGAUCGCCUCAGACGAGACGGUCGAGAGGGAACUGCCCAGGUUCAAGGACGCAACGGAAGAUCUGGAAGAACUUGUGGACGUCAUGAGAUUGUUAGGUCCUCGAGCCAAAGAGCAGGAAGCCGCGCAGGGUUUAGAAAAGGGCAAGGCGAAGUGGAGCGACUGGAAGUUCCAGGCCAGGACCAUGGUUCGCACUUUCCAGGGUCGAACAAAGGACACGUGAGUCACUAGUCUGCGUCUAUCCGUCGAUUUGGCUUUACUUAGUGAUCUGCACAUAAACAGCUUUGGUGACGAGCCGGAAUUCG